CUCUCGUUACACUGUGACACUAUAAGCUCGAGAACGAGGCUGUUACAGCUCGAAAAAGCAGGAAGGCAGACAUAAUAUUGACACCAAAACGUUGAAUGUUAUCCGCUGAAUUAUGGAAUUGCUGGCCAUGUACAGCGAUGGAGAUCGAUCCGAUUCAACCGAACAAAACAGUGAUGUUGGUGAAAAGGAUGUUAGCCCACCUCGGGUGCAACCAUCAUUCACUCCUGACUUGCAGGCUGAAUGGGAAUCAUUUGAGAAGCUCAUUUCAGCUGGACACGAGGGUGUAAAACCAGUUCAUCAACAGUAUGUGCUACUCGAUGGUCAGGACGUGACCGGUGUGUCCGAAGCAAAAGAGGCGGCGACCACUUUGAACCGAUGUGUUGACAGUGCUGCUGUUAAAGGCGAUGGUGCUAUUGGAACCAGUGAGAAGCCAGCAGAUUAUGUAGCACUCAGGAUAAGGGUAGGCUCUACCUCUGGUACCCAGUCUCCAUGGAGUGCAAGCAGUAAUCCAGAAUCUGAUAGUCUAACAGAGGUGAAAAAACAGCCUGAGGAGGAAAUAAAAGUAUCAUCGAGGACCCCUAGUAAAUCACCGGAGGCACACUCUCGCAGCAUGUCCCCGGCAGACGACAAAGGGGCCGAGAAAGCCAUUCGCCGCUGCCGCUCUCGGAGUAGUACCCCGGGCCACAGCUCUCGCAGUCGCUCAGGAAGUGAUUCUGCACAGUCGAGAAGUUCGUCACGUGAACGAAGUCGCACUCGAAAGUCACGAUCUCAAUCCAGAAGUCGGUCCAGAUCAAAGUCAAGAUCACCUUACCGGUCAGCUCGCUCUUCCCGCCAUCGACGUAGGAAGCAUAGCUAUAGGUCAAAGUCACGAUCGCACUCUAGGAGUCGGCGCUACCGCAGGUCCCGCCCAAGAGAUGACUGGAAUCGCUGUGCCCAAGUAUUACAACCCAACUGCUGUAAAUCCAUUGAAAUACGCUGA